AUGUUUGUCCCAGACACGACCUCAGCUGUGGCAGAAGCGCGUCGCAUGAAGCGAGCGUGGCUCCGCAAAAAAGCCUCGCUACAGGUGGAACUAUCGUCACGCCAGCAGUCCGACAAUGUCAAGGAUAAAGACGAGAUUCAUGUGCUACAGUCUCAAGAUGCCAUUGGAGCGGCAGACGUGAACGAGUGGCUGAGUCAUGAGAAGGAGCGCCGCGUCAAACUGGAGCGCGAGUUGAAGAGUUUGAAUGAUUUGUACAUGGGUUGGAUCCGUGAAGAACAGAAUAAGCGAAAGAAGACGGAGCAUAAGCUGGAGGCACUAAUGGAGCACGUUAAGACGCCACUGCUUGCAAUGGAUGCAUCUACGUGA